CGUUGUAUGCACAUUGUUAACACCUGUUUCUAAGGUAAACAAAAAACAAUUACUGCAAUUUCGAUCCCUAGAACUGCGUUCAAAAUACUUUGUGAAAGGGAAUACAUCAGCCGAGGGAAGACAAUAUUUUAUGAAUAGGAAUGAGUAGACGAUGUGAAUUGAAAUUGAUUGACGUGUUAAAAGAAGGCAAUCUUGAUAUGGCUAAAUCCAAAUAUAAUAGUGUUAGUGGUAAAAAAUCAGAUACACCCAUAGAAAGUAGGAGUUCAAGAACCAGGUUUGGUAAUACGUCUACUUUGAAGAAAAAAUAUGACUCUGGAACUUUAAAGCAGCAAACAGAAAUUACUUUGAAGAAGCGUAAGAAACUUAAUGAUGUGAGUGAAUUACCAAGCAAAAAAAUCUUUACCGGGAGUAACAUUAUCAAGAACCCAGUUAAGCCUGAUAAAGAAAUCAGCCAAAAAAAGAAAAGAAAUACUAAAUCUCGCGAAUCUUGCUGGGAAAACAAACUGACGGGAGCAAGACGUGUGAGCAAACGUCUAUCAAAUCUAAGAAUAUCUUUAAAGAAAUUGGAAUCAUCUCUUGCUACAUCUUUUGUCACAAUUAAAACAAGGCAGCCAGUUGCUUUUAGUGCCAGAGGUAAAAUGAAGCAAAACUAUUGUGAUUUAAAACCACCCAAAAAGAACAAGACUUCACAGUACAGAAAUUUUCCGGAAACACAGUUUAAUUUUGGAAAACUAGGCCAUACUAAGAGGCUACACCCAAAAACAACUGCUAGAAGACCUGAAACUUACACUGUUACUGUAAAAUCUACUGCUUCAGCUUCACACUCCAGAAGAAAUGACAAAAAGCAAGGAAACAUAAUGCAUAACACAUUUGAUGAAGAUUCGAAUGACUCAGAUGUAAAUCUUCUAAUCGAGAGGUGUGUUGAAGAUAUUCAAAAUGAUUUAAGUGAACCUGAAUCCGACACUGAAGAAGACAAAAAAAUAUCUAAAGCAUAUCAACUGUUGAAAUCCAAAGAGACUAUUGAGGAAAAUGAGGAGAAAGCUGCUCAAGAUACAAAAGUUGAAACUCUGAUUUGUGAACAAGUUGAUGAAUUAACUGAUGAUUCUACAAUUCUCAUUGGUGUAAACGUUGAGUCAAACGUAAAUAUCGAGCGUGAAACGCUUACUGAAAGUAUAAGUAAGAAUAACAGUGAAUCCAAAACUGAAUGUAAAAACAUUCAGAACAAUGAAAUAACACAAGAUGAAACUUGUGUUUCAAAUGAAAUAACAACUACGGUAGAAGAUCUGCCAAUAAUCGAUUUGGAGCAAGACAACUGCCAAGGAAACAUAGACGAAGUUGUUGAUGAAAACGCAAGUGGAUCUAAAGUGGAAUCUGGAGCCUCAAAUGGAACUACUGCAGAAGAUACCAAGGGUACAGCUGUUGGUAAAGAUGUCAACAUUAGUGGAUCAGCUGAUUAACCAUAAGCCUAGUACAAGGUACCUGUUUUUGUUAGUAUAAAAAAGUAGAAUUUUCAGUAUAGCUUGUAGUUAAGUUAGCAAAAUCUGUAGUUUAAGAGCAGUUUGAAAGGCACAAUCAUAAAAUAGUAAAUUAAUUGAACAAUAAAGACAAAAAAUAAAUUGUAUUCAACAGGUA